CUUGGCGCAUUCAAUACUCUCGCCAAACGCGUGGAGGCAUGUCCUCUGGAGGAUCUCCCGGUGUUCGCGAGGGACCUUGAUUCUACGCAGGAGACGCCACGCAGGUGGGCGUGGUUCGUCUGUCUGGCAGUGGAAAGGUUCCGCCGUUGGACGAAACAUGUAAAUGCCAAUCAAGACAUCGAGUCCUGGGUCAAAGCGGAAGCGCCACCCCUCGACGUGCUCAUGGUAUGGCAUGCCUACAUGCUGAACCCCACAUGGUACGCGGAAGAUUGCCUGCGCAUCCCUAGGCUACAAAGUCUCCAUAUUCUGGAUGAUUGCCUACUACCUGCGGUGAUCGCCAUGGGUGACCCUGCCCAGUAUCAACCAUCGGAAGAGCGCAAGAGCACAUGGGUCGCAAACACAGGGACAUGGUUCGAUCCGAUAGAGGCUCUCAAAGACCUCUCGCAUCACGACGUCAUCUGUCCCAGAUGCCAUAAACGCAACACUGCACCGUUCUUAACGGCAGAGGGCACUGGCUAUGCCCAGCAGGGGUUCAUGCUCAUGUGUUCGCAAUGCUCACUGCCGAUUGACAAGUCAGAUCUGGCAUUGGACAAGCUCGCGCGAGAUUUGGUCAAGGACCAUAACAGCGCUGAUGCAAAGCUGGACGCUUACUUCCCAGGCACGCUGCGCGGCCCGACGAAUAUGGCUUCUACCAAACACGCGAAACAGGUCAAGGACCGGAUCGUGCAGUUCAAUAGGUUUCAUCGGCCAAAAGGGUCCACGCAGAAAGAAUGGGUACACAAUAUCAAUGAGGACUUCGGCUACACCAUCAACAACGUCCACCAAACUCUGCGAUCAUGUCAUUCGACAGGGGUCCUUUACUCAAAAGAUGCACGUCUUCGGAUGGACCUCCCCGGGGUAUUUCAACAAGCCGAUAGACGAGGUCGUUCUGUGCAUGCGAUCACCCGCUAUCACGCGUAUGUCGUCCUGCUCGUCGCACUCGCACUGUGUGAUCCUAAUAUCCAACGAAUCUGUUUUUAGAUUCCUCGACAUGAUGACUUCGUCGCCGGCCUCGUUCUUCGUGCCGACCCUGGACAUUGAUCUGAUCUG